UUGAAUCGCCAUCUUCAAGCAGCAGCAACCAUUCCAGCCCGACCUGAAAGUCCUUCUGAUUGCCUUGGAUCGCACGCGGUCAAGUAGAAACCAACACCGCGACGGCCAGAGGAUCCACAGCGCCUGAACAUCGACCACUGGAAAGACGGGUGCGUGUCGGUGAAACAAUUGCACAGAUGCACGAGAAAUGAGAACAUUCAACGCGUCUUCGAGACAAUCCCAAAGAAGCUGGAACUUCUGCGCAAGGAUCUACAGUGCAACUACCUUUGCAGAGCGACUGUGGACGACCUUGGUGUUGUUGGCAGCGUAGGCACUCGCCGCCAGCGUAUCGCCGACGAGCCGAGACAGUGCAACAAGCUACAGUAAUACAAUUGGUCGCAUUCGUCGAUGCCAUUGCCAGUGACGGCGAGCAGCAGCUUCAGCUGUGCACGCUUCUUCUCAAGUCGGCUCAGCGGCACCUCCCGCAGCAACAAGCACGGCGACCAGCGUCAGCGUAUCGCUGGCGUACUCAAGGACGCACUAUCAUGCUUCAGACUACGGAGUUUUCGACCCAUCGAGUCCAGGGCCCAAGCUCUGGGGCCCUUACAAAACACUCUCUGCAAGGCUUCGCCCGCAGUGACAUCCACCAACCAGCAGCUUGUGGUGAGCUCCACUGCGCCCGCAUGCGGAAAAGGCAUCACUGGUCGUCGUUCCCUUCCCUUCACGCACGGUCGCAUUUCUAUGGGCGCGAACCCCACAGGAUUCGUGGCUUAGAGGCUGGACAAGUGAGCAAUGGCGGCGUUGUUGCAGCCCUUACAACGGUUGCUGUUCUGGAUCAGGAGAUUCGCCAUCUGGGUGCACGUAUGCUGCAGAGUCUAGACCUCAUGCUCCUUUACCAGCGGCUCCAAAGAAGCUACCUUUGCCUUCACAGCUUCCACGCAACCAGCCACGGAAGCUCGUGCAAGUUCCUGGCCGCACUCGUAGUUGUGCUGCCGCUCAUUCUGCAAAGCAUCGAGCUUUUUCUUGGCAGGAUGGACGGAUACAGGGUGCAGGAUGAAAGCUUGAAUGCAGUAACAAAUCCGUAUGCAGCAGACGUCAACCUGGAUCAACAAGAAACAUUUAACGCAGCAAUACAGCCAUAUGAAGCAGACGUCAGCCAGGAUGAACACGACAGGUUCAAUGCAGUGACGCCACCCUUCAACGACGAAGCGGUGGAGUACGCGGAAGAAAACUGCGUGUAUGCUCCCACGCGACCUGAGCAAACACACCGGUACCUCCUGUUGGGUGCGUCCGAGCUCAGCUUCGUCCUAUGGGAGGAGUCCCAGCCGUGUUGCGACAACGAUAGCGGCGACGGUGAAGACGACGACUUCUGCGUGCCGACAAAGAGGGAUUUCCCUCCCCAGAAAGUUCACGCCUUGCUAAAGUACUGGAGAGAGAAGCGAUCAGUGGCGGAAGAGAACAACAAAAGCCACAAGGCACCACCACUAUCGCCAAAAAAUUCAAUAGACGAGACUGCACCGCGGGAUAUCUUUGAAACAAGCUUGGAGCCGCACGGAAGGCAAUUCAGAAAAACACGGGCCUGCAAGCAUCCUAUCGUCGUCUCCAAAUGUAGUAGGGCCAAAUCUGGCUGAUGAUCUUUGCACGCACUCUGCACACAUAUAUUCCGUGCUUCGUUGACAUCAUAGUCGGCCCUGCCAUCGUGAUCUGCAAACAAGGCUUAUACGAAGAGGAACUGAAAACUCUCCAUCUAACAGCAGCGGGUGGAUCCUGCUUCUCAAGCCGGCGGUGUCGGAGCGCAACUGGCAGCCACUGCAUUUUUUGCAUGGCACAUAGAUUACUGCUGCGGAGGAAGGUGGGGCUGCCGCGACGACCAACUGGUGGACGAGACGGCGCAAAAUGAGCUUGUGCUCCCUCCUACCGUGGUUGUUGGGUGUGGCCAUCUCUGCACAAGGUGCCAGACCGGGAGCUGAGUACUCUGCAUCCAACAGUGACCAGCAGCUAGAAAGUAUGGAUCCUGCUUCUCAAGACAGCGGGAUCAGAGUGCAAAGCGUAGUCACGGUACUUUUUGUCUGUCGCAUGACGUUCUGCUACGAAGGCUCGUGGAGCGUCCGAGACAGCCUGCGGUUAGACCAGUCGACGCUAGUGGUGGCCUCACACGUUGCGCAUCCCUUCAUCACGCCGUCUUAUGCGCAAGGAGUCAUGUUUGAUCCUAAACUGUUUCUCUCUUUAACAGGACUCACCCACACCUCACAUUCAUAUGUAAGUGCUGUCGUCGCAUAGUAUCUUCACAAUAGUCAUUCAUAGCGCUUAUUUGACACACUAAAGGAAGCUGGAUUGGAAGCGCGAAUCGCCGAGAUACAUUUUUAGGCUUUC